CGUCAGGAUAAUACUUGAAAACGUUGUAGCAAAGCCGGGAGAUGGCGAAGAAGAGAGACAGUCCGAAGCUCAUCAAAAUCAAAGACGCCAUUAAACUCAUCAACCAAGAAGUCAGUCUCAUUGGUAUCGUCCUUGAACAAAGAGAACCAAAACAAUGUCGCAACAAUGAUUGGAUUUGUACUCUCCGGAUAAUUGAUGAUACGUAUCCAAGUCCUGGACUUACUGUUAAUGUAUAUAGUAGGACUCUUGAACAACUUCCUCAAAUCAAGAACCACGACGACAUGAUUCUGUUUACUCGCAUUAAGGCACAAAGAGUCUUCAUUUUCCUUGUGUGUUUUGUGGAGGAGGUAAUAAAGUUUGGAUUUUUAUUGUGUAGAUGCAAACUUUUGAUAGUGGAAAAAGAGUAAACGCUGCUUGUAGUAGAUGGGUUUCUUCCUUUGCCUUGUUCGAAGGUGAGGAUUUGGUUUGUUACCAAUGUAGUUCCAAUAAGCUUUCAUUUCCUGUUUUGGUACUUAGCUAUGCAGAGUAUAUCUUACAGAACAAAACCUUGCUCCGUAGAUAGGAAAACGCUUUGAUUUGGUGUGUAGGGUAAUAUGCUCUAUACUCUCUAUUAACAUGAGAAAGCACUUCAUUGUUACUUACAAAUCUUUUUUUGGCUCAAACUGUAUACCUUUUAUGUUUUGUUGACUGAUACUACCUUGUUUUCUGCUGUUUCUUGUGAUGGAGAUUCUCCAUGCCGAUGAAGAUACGAGCGCUGUUUUUGUUUGGGACGGGACUGAUGCACCCCCAGCAUCUAUUCUGGCUAAGUGAGUAUUAACUAGCAAGGAAAAGAGUUUUCAAUCUUCAGAUUAUCUGUUUUGAGCUGAGUCAUUCAUUCAGGCUUGACUCUACGCUUUCCAUAUCCUACGCUUACUCUUCUUCUAUUUGG